AUGACGGAACCCCCUCUGAGCCCGGCAUACGCACCUCCCGGAGAAUCGAACAACAACAUCUGGGUGGAACAAGCGAAUCUGAAUGGAAUGGCUCUUACCUUGGUUGCCUAUGAUACUUCACCCUUCCAAACAUCAUCAGAUGCUUAUAAUACACAGACCAAAGAAAAGCGGUGGUGGAUGUGGAUCUACAUGACUUAUAUUAAUGAUCGUCAUUAUACCGGUGGUCCCAACGCUUUUACUUUCUCCUUUUAUGCAGCGACAUCUAAUCUGAUGUCUUUCAUCGUAUAUACCAUCCUUGGAUGGCUUGCCGAUGGGCUCAUUCUGUACCAUUUCUUUAUCAUAUACGACCGGAACCUCUGGACAGCCAUAGUUCUCGCUGUCAUCUAUCUUCGAGACAUAGGCUCCGCCUUGGGUUCAAUGAUCUCAGUCGCUCGAUCCCCAGAUAGCUUUGGGGCUACGACGUCUAAUCUACUACUUCCGCCUCUCGGUCAGAUGGAGGGAAUCGCGCCGCUUCUCAUCAUUCUGAAGGUUAUCAAUGGAAGAGCCCGGAAUUCAACCACAGGAGCUCCCUCGCGAUAUAAGGCCAAACCACUCUACGAGCGCACUGAAACUGAAGAUCGUGAAAUUGCUUUGAAGGUGUUCCCUUCUUCCCGGGGUUCUACUCCCACAAGCCUUGCGACAGAGAAUUCCGGGCAGGAAACCGGUAGACUGACACCACUCCACGAUAAUGUGUUUGACGCUUUGCAGGUGGAUAUUGCAUCAGAAGAACGCAUUGUGUUGCACCGAUUUGAUCAACGCUCUGUGGACAAAAAAAUAGCACACCGCCACCAAACUACAUGUACAAUAAUAAAGCUUGUCGCUAUAGUAUUUUCUAG